CAAGAGGGACACAUCUGGUUUACCAGUGUUUCUGACUUCCUUCUGAGCUGAAAACUGCUUUGUUUUGUAGAAAAGCAAAACUUGGCCAUAAACACCUAAAAUGAAGAGCCCCCGAACUUUUGAGGAGCAAACGGAAUGCAUUGUAGACUCUCUACUCACAGACUUCUUAGGUCCCACUUGUCAGGUUGCCAACCGGACCCUACAUUGUGCAGACGAACCAGAUUCAGGAGAGGUCUGCUCUUUUGAUGUGGCCAUCAUUGCUGGUCGCCUUCGGAUGUUGGGUGACAAGUUCAAUGGAGAAUUGGAAGCUGCUGCCAGAAACGUCAUCGCAGAAACCAUUCAGGGACAGGCAGGAGCUGUACUUCAGGACACAGUAAAAUCUCUCAGCAAGGCCUGGUGUGCCCAGGAUUCCAGCUUGGCUUAUGAGAGAGCCUUUCUGGCAGUGUCAGUGAAACUUUUUGAAUAUGUGGUCCGCAUGACUCCUGAGAAGGCAAGACAGGUGGCUACGCCCAUGACAAAUAUGAUCAAUGGGAACACUGCCAUCCGAGAGUAUAUCCAGGGCCAGGGAGGUUGGGAAAAUCUGGAGAGCUGAAGAAGAGGUGGAGCUGUUUUCCAGCCUGAAAAAUUUUGAUCUUCUUUGACUGAUCGGGUGAUUGAUCUCUGGCAAUUAAAACAGAAACAACCAAAUCAAAACCCUCUUUCUCUUGGACAGAACUGAACUUAGCUGAAUAACCUGUUUUCUACUGAUUGUUAAAGUUAGGAGCAGCUCCCAGAGGUCUAUAGAGAUUUUAUACUUUCUGUUUUUACAUGAGUUUUAAUGAGGUUUUGUUGAAGUAGAGACCUCCAGACUUAAAGUAAUGACUUGUUAGUAGUGGAAUUCCAGGCAACGGGGCAGGCAUUUGCUGGAGAUACUGUGGGGAAAAGGGAGCACACAGUAAACCAUUCCUUCAGAUUUAGUCCUGUCCUCUGGUAAGGAUCUUGUCUACUAAUUUUGCAGUCUAAAGGGUUUCAGGGAGAUCUUUGGUUAGAAAACCUUGUUAUUUUAAG